UCUGAAGGGGUUAAUGUUUUCUUCAUUUUUCUGGAUUUGCCUUUGGGAAUGAGGAGGUAAGAUCCUCCCAUUUACGUCAGAAAGUUCGAGCCUGGACGCGGCUUGAAAACGGGCUGAAUCUGUAGCCCCAGUUGCUUUGGACUCAUUGCGAUAAGGGGGCUGUAUCUCCCGGGCCGGCUACAGUGUAACACGCACACAGAGAAACACAUCCCCGGGACUAGCGUGUGGAUGUGUGGCAAUCCCUUCAGCGAUGGUUCUCUCUCCCAAUUUGGUUCUGAAGUGGAUCUGUUCAGCUCUUGGAUAGCGGCUGCUGAAAGAGUUGGGGCAUAUCACAGGAGGUAGCAGCGCCAGGCUCCUACUGCACCUGGGUACCAGCACUAGGAGGCAGAGGUGCCAUGCUCCACUCACACCUGGGCAUCGAGACAGGGGGGCAGAAGUGGAAAUCUCCCAUUAACCUGGACAUCAACACUGGAGAGGAAGUGACAGGCUCCCACUGAAUUCAGGAGACCAACAGAAGUGCCAAUUUCUCAUUUCACGUGUAUGCCAGUGCAGGGAGAGAAGUGCCAGUCUCCGAGAGUCUUCCCCACACACACACACACACACACACCCAGUGCCUUGGUUAAAGUCAGGACUAUGUUCCCAGAAUGUUGGCCAGGAAGAGCAUCAUCCCAGAGGAAUAUGUGCUGGCCCGGAUCGCAGCUGAGAAUGUCCGGCAGCCCCGCUACACGGUCCGGCCUCGCCAAGCUCGCUUCAUCGCCAAGAACGGCUCCUGUAACGCGGCUCACAAGAACAUCCGAGAGCAGGGCCGCUUCCUGCAGGAUGUCUUCACCACCCUGGUGGACCUCAAAUGGCGCUACACCCUCUUCAUCUUCACCAUGUCCUUCCUGUGCAGCUGGCUCCUCUUCGCCAUGAUGUGGUGGCUGGUGGCGUUUGCCCAUGGGGACCUGGAUCACCACCGGAGCUCCGGUCCGGAGCCGUGUGUGACCAAAGUGCGAUCGUUCACCUCGGCCUUCCUCUUCUCCAUCGAGGUGCAGGUCACCAUCGGCUUCGGGGGCAGGAUGAUCACCGAGGAGUGUGCAACGGCCAUCACAGGCCUCAUCGUGCAGAACAUCUCGGGGCUGAUCAUCAACGCCGUCAUGCUGGGCUGCAUCUUCAUGAAGACCGCCCAGGCUCACCGCCGGGCCGAGACCCUGAUCUUCAGCCGCCACGCCGUCAUCUGCCUGAGGAACGGCAAACUGUGCUUCAUGUUCAGGGUGGGCGACCUGAGGAAGAGCAUGAUCAUCAGCGCCUCGGUCAGGAUGCAAGUGGUGAAGAAGAGCAGCACCACCGAGGGAGAGGUCAUCCCCAUCCACCAGAUCGAUAUCCAAGUGGACAACCCCAUAGACACCAACAGCAUCUUCCUGGUGGCGCCGCUCACCAUCAGUCACGUCCUGGACAGGCGCAGCCCCCUCUAUGAGAUGUCGGCCAGCGACCUCCAGAGUCAGAACCUGGAGGUCAUUGUGAUCCUGGAAGGGGUGGUGGAGACCACGGGCAUCACAACUCAGGCCAGGACCUCGUACAUCUCCGAGGAGAUCUUGUGGGGCUAUCGCUUUGUGCCGAUAGUAACCGAGGAGGACGGCAUCUACUCGGUGGAUUAUUCCAAGUUUGGCAACAGGAUCAAAGUGGCGACUCCUCGUUGCUCUGCCCGAGAGCUGGACGAGAAACCUUCCAUCCUGAUCCAGACCCUGCAGAAGAGCGAACUUUCCCACCAGAACUCCCUGAGGAAGCGCAGCUCCAUGAGGCGGAACAACUCCAUGAGGAGGAGCACCUCCUCUCUGGUGGUCCCCAAAGUUCAGUUCUUUACCCCUGAGGCCAGUUCUGAUGUGGCUGAUAACUGAGGUUAAUCAAUGCACAAUCAGGUUCCCAGUGUCACUGCCCAGAUGAGCUUCCUCACACUUUAAAGAGGGUUGGUAUAUAGACUAAUAUGCAAACUAAUUAACUGCCAUUGUGCCUUUCCCCUUCAUAUAAAUUAAAUCGAAGUAUAAUUUAAUCCAGAACCCUCCUUUAAGCAUUGCUCAGCAGUAGCUAAUCUGAAUUUACCUCCUUGUUCUUAAAAUUGGCAUGGACACAUUAGUUAAAUGGCCAAUCUCAAAAAUGUUAGGCUGGGGUAUAUUGACUGAUCUCUGUAUAGUGUCAAAUAUAACACUGAUUUCUGUCAGCUGUUAUACAAUUAAAUAUAUAGGAUUUGCAGAAUUGUCAGUAGCAUCAAACUGUGUUUACACUAGUUCACCUGAUUUCAUAUUACAGCAGCAUUAUAGCACUAAUAAAAUAGGCAGGUACUGCAAUAGAGCUUGAAAGUUAUUACAAAAUUGUAUUUGAAAACUUCCAAUAACCUUUUAACUACUUCCGUAACUACUUACCAGAGACUGGAUGGGCAGGGGCUAUUUUUAAAAUUAAAAAUAAUGCAUUCCUUACCUAAUUGAUUUCUAUAACAUUGGAUUCUGUUAUGUUAGCUUCUCUAAGUUACAUUAAUGCAGUAACUAUUGCUCAGAUUGGUUAUUACAGUUUAAGUGGCAGCACUGUCCUAAGCUGGUCUGGUGGGACUUUAGCUCUCCUGUGCAAGAGAGUGCUGAGGUGACUUGCAUUCAUUGAGUUCCUUGCUCAGCAUUUAAGAUUUAAAUGUUUUAAUGCGGACUGUGUCACCUAUGUGCAUUACAUCACUCCAGCUCAGCUUCAAUGUGUCCUGGAGUUGGACUAAACCAACUUUGGCCCUGCACUGGAUUUACAUUUGAGUGUGAAACAGAGAGAUUAAAUCCCCUCCCCACUCUAAAAGUUUCACACCAUAAUCCUAACAUUUUUCACUGCUGACUAAUGGGAAACUAAUGCUUAUCUAUAAGAAGCUACUUUUAUAUAGAAGGUAAAAAGGUGAAUAAUUAUUGUUACACAUGGUCAAUAUGAUCUCCUAGACUCCUUUUGACUAUCUGAGGGCAGUCGGAGAGGCUAGCUGUCAUAUAGGAACUUUCCAGUGCCUAUUUCCCCCUCUUACUCCUGCAGUGCUUUACCUCCAGAAAAUUACAAGGCUGUGUGUGUGUGCAUGUAUGUGUGUCCGUAUGUGUGUGUGUCCGUGUGUGUGUGUCUGCGUGUGUGUCCGUGUGUGUCUGUAUGUGCACAAGUUCGAGUGUGUAUGUGUGUUUGUGGGUG